AUGAGCUGGAACGGAACAUUCGUGGUGUUGCCCAUUGAGUGGGGGAGCAAGGGUAUCACACUGCCAGAAUGGCUGAACCUCCUCACUCUCUCCCUCGCUCCGAUUAUUGUGCAUAUCGUCGCUGGGGCACCUCGCCCAUCGUACCUGUGCCAAUCUCGACCCAAAUGGCACGACCUCAUCUGCAACUUCAAUCCGACGUCGAUACUUUGGCGUUAUGCCGCAAUCACCGACAGGCGGAUUCGCUCGCCGACGUGGACUGUUGUGGAUGUGGCAGCAAGCAACGCAGUCUUCUGGACCUCAAAUGGGUGGAACGGAGCUGACAGCAUGGUGUCGGCCAGUCUCCCUUUUGCGACUCGUUUACCCGAGAAACCCCGAGUCCAGUUCUUCUCGAUAGAAAUGGGGAAAACUGUAAUCACGGUUGUCCAAGGGAUCCAGGCCUUUGCUUCGUUGCUGGGUCUGUUCACACACCAAGGCGACUACACCACCAUCGAUGCCGUCAGCGGACUCUUUAUACCAAUUGCGCUGUGCGGCUUGCUACGCCUAUUCCCAGCUCGCUGGUUGACGGAUGACUUUUACUACACAGUAAUAGCCGACGACCAAAUGUCGACGUACCCCGGGACCUCGGGGACUUCGUUCGUUGAUACAGAUGGGAGGCGCCACUCGGUUGAUAGCCUUAUCCAAGCUCCUAAUGAAGGGUUCUCUCCACCGGGGUAUGGCCUUUUCUCUCCAGCACUUAGCUGGCGGCGCCAGUCGCUAAGCACGAUAUUCAAGGUGUUCUACAUAAUACCUUUUCUAUGUGCAUGGACACUCGCGUUCUUGUUCAUUACGCCUUGGGUAUCGACAGUCAAUACCCCUGGUGUCUGGAGCUUGACUUCGUAUAUGCUAGGAUUGUUCUACAUGUUCAUUUUGACGCCAACUAUACUGAUCUACGUAAGCUACUGGAUUCGCGGCUACACAACCACUACCCUCAUACCAUGCAUAUCUUCGUCAUGGUACAAAGUAUACUCGCUUCUGGUGUUGAUCUGGAUGUUGUUGCUUGUAUGCCUCUCCUCGAUAGAGACAAGGAAAAGCGUUUGUGGCAAGUAUACAGCGAUGCCAGAGAGAUACGGCGACCCUUGUGCAACGGGCAACAUCAAAGUGGUACACGUCGGAUGGGACGUCGGCAAUACUUUUGGCCUGGCACAGAACUUGACCAUAGAAGGCCAAUUUGUAGUAGCCAACUUCACGGGUACUUGUAUGGGUGCGUUUUCCUUUAUGGAGAGCGGGAAAAACGCAACGCUCUUAGAGCUUGGAGCCUCAGCAACAGGGAGAAAGCGAAAUAAGCAAAAAGAGCUGAUGUGA